GCGGCCUUAACUUUUCCCGGGAGUUUCCAACCGUCUCUUCCCUCUCCCCUUCCCCUAAUCCGCUUUCGCCUAACUUCAAGGACUCUCCUCUCCCCCAUCCCUCCCUCCCCAACCGAGGACCGGAGACAUGGAGCUGUUAUUGCCCGGAGAGGCUGAAGUCCUAAUCCAGAACCUGCGGAUCUUCCGCCUGCGGGAUACGGGCUCCAAGGAGUGGUGCCGACAGCAUGAGUACAUCGAGAAGCUGAACAUGCAGGCCAUCCUGGAUGCUACAGUCAGCCAGGGAGAGCCCAUCCAGGAGCUGCUAGUCAACCACGGCAAGAUCCCGAUACUGAUCGAGGAGCUGAUCUCAGUGGAGAUGUGGAAGCAAAAGGUGUUUCCCGUGCUGUGUCAGCUGGAAGAUUUCAGACCCCAGAACACCUUUCCCAUCUACAUGGUGGUGCAUCAUGAGGCUUCUAUCAUCAACCUCCUGGAAACAGUCUUCUUCCACAAGGAGAUAUGUGAUUCGGCUGAGGACACCAUCCUGGACUUGAUUGACUACUGUCAUCGAAAACUCACACUGGUUGUGGCAGGAAGCACCAAGGCAGAAACCUCAGAUCCCAGGGAGCUCCCUGAUGGGAAACCCAUGCAGGAACUGCAGAAGCAAGCCCAGGUGAUGGAGUUUGAGAUUUCACUGAAGGCCCUUUCCGUACUGCGCUACAUCACAGACAGCGUCAGUAGCUUGCCCCUGAGCGCAGUGACCCGGAUGCUGAAUACCCACAAUGUGCCCUGUCUCCUGGUGGAACUACUGAAGCACUGUCCGUGGAGCCAGUGGGAAGGAGGCAAGCUCAAAAGGUUUGAGAAUGGCCGAUGGCAAGUCAUGGCCCCGAAAGACCAGCAGAAGAUAUCCAAACUGGAUGGGCAAGUGUGGAUCGCUCUGUACAACCUGCUGCUCAGUCCUGCGUGCCAGCAGAAGUACAAUUAUACCAGCUUCAACAAGGGUCAGCUGCUGAAGCUCCGGGCUUUCCUCACUGAUGUGCUGCUUGACCAGCUGCCCAUCCUGGGGGAACUGCAACGCUUCCUGAGCCAUUUGGCAGUGACAGAGCCCAAUCCGCCCAAGAAGGACGUGGUGUUGGAACAGAUCCCCGAAAUCUGGAACCGCCUGGAACGGGAGAAUGAGGGCAAGUGGCAGGCCAUUGCCAAGUACCAACUGAAGAAUAUCUUCAGCCUCUCGGAGCGCGACCUGCGACAGCAGGCACAGAGGUGGGCAGACACCUACAAACUGGACAUGUUGGAGGCUCUGGCUCCUGAGAAGCCCAAGUGUGCUCUGUGCAGCUCUGAGGCCACCAAGCGCUGUUCUCGUUGCCAGAACGAGUGGUACUGUAAUCGGGAGUGCCAAGUGAAGCACUGGCAGAAGCACCGCAAAACCUGUGAUCUGAUGGCUGAGGCCCUGACCAAGUUAAAGGAGGAGCUCAAAGUGGAGACAGAAGUGCCUCAGCAACCCUCUUCUGAAUCAACAGCUCAGCCAUAGGGGCCCCCAGCUAGCAAACCCUCCUUCCCUAGCUCUGCCUGAGGCCUCUGGCCAUAAAUAUUCCAAGCUUGGCUCUGGGCCUCCUCACUCUUUCCAUCCCCCUCUCCCACCGCACCACUGCCACAGCUCCACUCCCGCUUAAGGGAAAACUGUUCAGUACUUUGCUCAGCUGCCAUUCCCAUAGUCCGUCCUUCUUGCCCAACCCAGGUUCCCUAUACCUUCCCUCCCCCUCCUAUCCUCCUCCUCUUCCUCGAAGACCUCCCGUAGCAACCUACCCUCACUUCUUGAGUGGAUCGGGGGCCCUGCUUUAAGUGGUUGCUUACGGCUCCUCACCACUUCCUCUCUCAACUCUCCGUGGAGGGGGCCAGCCUUGGGGGAGAGGAGGGUGGCUCACGUCACUAACGAGAACUGCAAACCCUGGGCAACGAGCGGGUGAAACUUCAGCCGGAGACCAUGACCCUGCUCUCCCUGGGAAAGAUUCCCCUCCAGAGUGAAAGCGGCUUAGCCCUGUAGGGAAGGAGACUGGCUGAUGGGACAGAAGAAGGAGGGGCCGGAUGUGGCCGAUGGGUUGAGUUGGGUAGUAUGGGGAUGUGGCUCUGGCUCUCUUUGUGGCACAAUAAACCAUUUCCCUUGAGAAA